AUGUUGAUGGCAAUGUGCACCCAAUUAGGAGUACCACAUUCGUGGACUCCAACACAGUGCAACCUAAAUGCUCCAUCCAAAACAAUCCUAAAAGCCAAAACAACAAACUCAAUGCCUCCAGAGAAGAAAGAAAUUUUCAAGUCAUUAGAGAGUUGGGUAUCGGAACGUGUAUUGCCACUGGCCAAACCUGUGGAAGAAUGCUGGCAGCCACAUGAUUUCUUGCCAAACUCAGCAUUACCAUCAGACGAGUUUAUCGAUCAAGUGAAAGACUUAAGAGUUCGAACGGCUGGACUCCCAGACGAAUAUUUGGCUGUUUUGGUAGGUAACAUGAUCACUGAAGAAGCAUUACCUACAUAUCAAUCAUAUUUAAACAACUUGGAUGGUGGGGUUGCAGAUGAGACUGGUGCAAGCGACAAUCCAUGGGCUAUAUGGUCACGCUCUUGGACAGCUGAGGAGAAUAGACAUGGAGAUUUGCUCAAAACAUAUCUUUAUCUAUCUGGUCGAGUUGAUAUGCAAAUGGUUGAAAAGACUAUCCAAUACUUGAUUGGAGCUGGCAUGGAUAUAGGAACUGAAAACAAUCCAUAUAUGGGAUUUGUUUAUACAUCUUUUCAAGAGAGAGCUACUUUUGUGUCCGACGGUUGUCUAGCCAGACUAUCUAAGAAAAGGGGUGAUCCAAUACUUUCAUGCAUUUGUGGCACUAUUGCGGCAGAUGAGAAGCGCCACGAAAUUGCGUACGAGAGAAUUGUGGAGAAACUUUUAGAAGUGGACCCGACUGAGACGAUGAUAGCCAUAUCAAAAAUAUUGAGUGGUCACAUAACAAUGCCCGGGCACUUGAUGCAUGAUGGACAAGACCCGCACCUCUUCAGUCAUUUCUCUGCUGUGGCACAACGCAUUGGUGUGUACACAAUUGGUGACUACAUUGAUAACUUGGAGUUCUUGAUUAGAAAAUGGAGAUUGGAGAAUGUAGAAGGUUUAACAAGUGAGGGAAAACAUGCACAAGAGGUUGUGUGUGGUCAUGUACCAAGGAUUAGGAGGCUACAAGAGCGUGCUGAUGAGCGAGUGCAAAAGAUGAGACCCAAAUUUAGUUGGAUCGUCAAUAAAGAGCAAUCUUAUGAAAGUAGACAAAUCUUUUUUUUAAAUAAAGUUGGGUGA